CCAGAAUCACCGGCACGGCAUCGUGUCAAAAAGCAAAAAAGCGACAAACGCCACACAUUAAAACGAAACUUUUAUGGUUAUUUGAAACACACAGCUAAUGUCCUAGAUGUGUGCUUAAGCAAACCCCGUGUUCUUUCUAUGGUCAAAGUUCAACCGUAAUUUAACAUCGGGGAGUACUUUCAGUGUUAACCGUUGUCACUCUUCCGUGUAGCAACAUUAGCAGCAGGGUGGUAGAGACAUAUAUCCGUUAAACCAUUCGUAUCACCCCUUUUGCUGCUAGUCAUCUCGAUUAUUCCCACCCUGCCUUCUGUCACAUGGCUGCUAAUCCUCCAGGACAAGCCUUUCCAAACAAGACGCGGGUAGCUAUCCUGGCUGAGCUGGAGAGGGAGAGGAGGCGACUGAUGCAGACUCAGACCAUGAAUACUCCUGGAGCAAGCAUCUCGCUGUCUAGGCCGAACAUGAAGGAGUUCAGGGACAACGCGGAGCAGCAGCACAUCGCUGCUCAGCAGAAAGCGGCUUUGCAGCAUGCACAUGCACAUUCGUCGGGCUUCUUCAUCACCCAGGACUCCUCAUUCGGGAACCUCAUCCUUCCUGUCCUUCCACGCCUGGAGCCUGAAUCAUGACCUGUGACCUCUCUUGGCCACGCUCCUCCCCCUGUUGGGAACCAAAGCCCAGCAACAACUCUAAAGCACCACAUUUCUCUCGGCCUCCUCUCCCCAGUCUGUGAUUAGCAGACAGCCGUUUUUCAUGUUGUAAACAAACUCAGGGGAGGGUGAAUCUGUCUGCUUAGAUUCUAAAGAUGGAACAAGCUGCAGAGUUUAAGCGAGCCUCCCAAAGAGGCAGAGGAAUGUUGUGUACAGCCGUCUGACAUUGUGUGUUAAACUGUCCAGAGGCUGCAGCUACGCUCCACAGACAUGCAGUUUAAACUUUUCCUUUUGCGUUUCCAAUCAUGAUUCCAUUCCCAGCACAUUCUGUCAGACGCUUACAUUUCAUCUCUGGAUAGUAAAGAUGAUUCAUUCAGCGAAUUUGACCCAUGGGCUUUUGUCUUUUUCAGGUAAAACGCUUUCAUGGAUACAAAGCUCUGGAGCUAAUUUAUUAAAAAGAAGUUUCUGUGACCAAGGCAAACUCAAUCUGAGACUGCUGUUGGGAACAAGUACCUUUUAACAAACUGUUUUCAUCCUUAAGCUCUGGUGACUACGAUACUAAAACUUGAGUUUUAGCAUGGUAGAUGUUUUACUACCACAAUGGCAGUGGUUUUCAGUAGCAUUUAGUUCUGCAUUUGUAUUUCUUUGUCUCUUAUAAAAGUGAGUUCUUUAGGUCUCUUAUUCAUUCACUCAGAACAGAAGCAGUAUGUUAGUAACUGAAACAAUGAACAUCAAUUUUUAUUUUGAUGUCAGCCUUAAUGGUGUCUUCCAUUAGUUGCCAGAAGGAUGGGCAUCAUGCACUAACAUCUAAUUUUCUUUUCCCUCCCACUGCCCCCAGAGUGUCAGACUUGCAGUGAGACAGAUUUGUUUGCUAUUUUCUAAUUCAAAAAUCUAAAAGGCCAGAGCCAGCAUGAACUACAUUAAAGCUCCUGAGGGCGGAAAUGUUUUCCACUAAGGGGAAAGGUAAUGGGGAAGCAAAUUAGCAAAACACGUGGUGGCCUACAUUUUCUGAAAUGCGUCAAAAUGUGCCAGAGAAUCCAACAGGACCGAGAAGAGCAGCGUUUAGAAUUACAUCGUAGAAUUCAGUGUAUCUUCUGGAAGCAUCAAUACUUUAGACUGUCCACGAUUUAGUUAUCAGUAAAUUAUGUAUUUAAAACAUCCCUCUCCUUAUGAUCA